CGAGGGAUAGCCGAUGAACCAAACGCCACCACACACGCGGAGUGGCCUGGCCAAUCAAUGGAGUGGAGCAGUGCCGGCACCCACAUGGUGCGGUUUCUUUCUCCGCUCUCCGCCCGUAGACUCCAGGACUUUUUCCACGCUUCCCGUCAAGUACUUCUCCGGCGAGGGCGCCGCCUCCACCCACCCCCACUCUUCCGUCAAGCUUUUCUCCGGCCCGACCGCACCCAUCCUUGGUCGCGCGACCUCCUGGCCCCGGCGCCGCUUACCCGGCAGAGGAAGACCUGGAGACGAAGACGACGCGGUCGGUCACUAGAGAGGCGAGUUCCGGUGCGGGUGUGGAGGGUUUGCCGGCGCCGGAGAAAGAGGGCGGGGCGGGGCACUGCCGGGGACCGGAGGAAAUCCACUGAACCUGAACUUUUUCAGGCAACUGGAUACUGGACCCAGAUGACGGACGGCGACCAAGACAGCAAACUUGCUGCUCUGGAGAUGGCGUUGCUCGAUGAAAGCACUGAUCCAAUUGAUAUACCUUUCUCACUUCUCAAGUCCAUCACAGGGAAUUUCUCCCAAGCUCAAGUAAUUGGCAGUGGUGGUGGUGGGUUUGGGGCAGUUUACAAGGGAGUACUUCCAAGCGGUGGUAUCGUUGCCGUGAAGAAGCUCUAUGAGAAACUCGAGAUCCUGGACAAGAAUUUCAAGAGCGAAGUCGCAUGUCUUGUUGGGGUGAAGCACAAGAACAUGGUGCGAUUCCUUGGGCACUGCUCCGAGACGCAGCACGUGAUGAUGCCGUACGAGGGAAAGCUUGUUUGUGCAGAAGAACGGCAGAGGCUCCUCUGCUUCGAGUACCUGCCCAAAGGGUGCCUUGCUGACUUUCUGUCUGAUGCGUCUUGUCGACUUCAGUGGACCACGCGUUACGAAAUAAUCAAGGGGGUAUGUGAGGGUGUACAUUACCUUCAUCAGCAGUGUAUUAUUCACAUGGACCUCAAGCCUCAGAAUAUACUAUUGGAUGAUAACACGGUGCCCAGAAUUGCGGAUUUUGGUCUAUCACGGUGCUUAAGUGAAAGCAAGAGUCGGGCUAUUACUAAAAACAUGAUUGGGACGAAGGGAUAUAUGGCACCGGAAUUUAUAAAUAUGGGAGAAAUCACCUUCAAGACAGACAUAUAUAGUCUGGGAGUAAUAAUCAUGGAGAUCCUAAUGGGACAUAAAGAACGCUCCAAUGUGAAGGAGGUAGUUGAAAGUUGGACGAACAAGUUUGUGACAUCAAAGAGCCAAACUGCACUGGAAGAAGUAAAAGUAUGUGCUGAGAUAGCACUAAAAUGCACAAACUACGACCCAGGGAAGAGGCUCACUACAUGCUUUAUCAUUGGUCUAUUUGAAAAACUGUGUGAAGUGGAAAUUUCAAACAGAAGGGAUGUAGCUACCUCAACAAAAGGGCAGAUAAGCUUUGCCUCCAAUGUGGCGAAUGAGCUGAAGUUGAGCCUAGAGAGGAAGCGGAAGGCAGCAACUGUGAGCGUGUCAACUGGGGUGAUGAGCACCCUCGGUGUCAAGCUUACCAUGGCCAUGGGUGACAAGUACAAUAAGCACCAAAAACUCCUCCCUCCCUUAAAUAAAAUCUUGCUCCCCUAUCCCGAUCCAGAUUGGGAUCGGGUAUUCCCGCACGCCACCGCCUUUCCCUCCUCCUGCCAACUGAUGUAGUCGCCGGCGACGUGCGCACACUUUACUGCAUGCCAAACAUGGCGCUGCACUGCACGUUCACCGAUGGGCCGGUCGUUUACCACACGCCCAACAACACCGCCGCCACAACCUAGCCCAAGGUGCUCGCCAUCUCCUUCCUGCCGGGCGCCCUUGAGGGCGUCUUUCCUAAUGGACCGUCACUCUCGCGCACACCGGCUUGUACAGCUUCUGCUCCGCUCAGUGUGACGCUUCCCUUAAUGUGGUUGUGGAGGAUAAUAUCAUAUGGAAGAACAGCAGUGGCUAGCCGGCUACGGCUACCACUAGUAGAAAACAGGCCUUUUGUCCCGGUUCGUAAGGGCCUUUACCCUCACCCUUUAGUCCCAGUUCAAACCAGAACCGGGACAGAUGGGCCUCCACGUGGUCCGUGCG